AUGACAGAUAAUAAGCCAACUCUCCAUCACUUCGAUCACUCCCAGUAUCAACGUAUCCUCUGGCUUCUUGAAGAGCUAGGUGUUGAAUACAAUGUGAUCUACCACUUCCGCAAACCUGUCGAUGAUCCUAUUGUCCCUUUUCGCUCUCCCGAAUCCCUCAAAGCCCUCGGCCCAUAUGGAAAGGCCCCAGUUCUCACAACUGGGACCGCGAAUGGCAAUCGAUAUACUCCCGAGAGCGAUGCCAUAUGCACAUAUCUUCUUCGCAAUUUUGACACUGAGGAUAGGAAUGGAAAGGUAGAGUGGCUUGAUGGUCCUGAGUUGAGGGAGCUUCUAACUAUCUUGGACGAAGAACUGAAAAAUGCACCGGAAGGCGGGUAUUUCAUGGGGAAGAAUCCUGGUAGAGCCGAUAUUAUGAUGAAGUUCCCAAUGAGCUUCGUAAAACAUAGAAAUCGGGUUGAUCUGGAAAAGGAAUUUCCUAGAUUAGAUGAGUGGUUGAAGAGAAUUUAUGAUAGGCCUGCCUGGAAGCGGGGAUCGCAGAAGGGUAAUGGUUCUUAUGAUCUCAACGUCUUCCCCAAACGAGCUGUGACUUGA